CCGUAGUCCGCUCUGGCUGCCGCCGCCGGGGAGGGCCGGCCGGCUGUGCGGCGGCCGCGCGGGACCCCUUGCCCGCCUCCCCCCAACAAGGGGCGGGGAGGGAGGGAGCGAGCUGCGCCGCUAGCGCUGCCCCGGCCGAGCCCGCGGGCAGGGCAGGCGAAGGCUUCGGACUACAUUUCCCGCCGGCCCCGGGAGGGCCGGGCCGGGGCGGGUGCAAAGCGGGCGCUGCCCGCCCCGGCAGGUGAACGCCGGCAGGUGAGCGGCCGCAGCGGGGGCUCCUUCCCAGGGCUGUCGGCAGCUGCGCCAGGGCCGCUCCUUCUCCCGCCAUCCCGACAGCCGCCAUGCCUUUCUCCAGCUCGGGCACGGACGACGCCUUCGACUACCUCUUCAAAAUCAUCCUGAUCGGGGACUCCAACGUGGGGAAGACUUGCGUGGUGCACCGCUUCAAGACGGGGCAGUACAACGAGAAGCAGCAGAACACCAUCGGCGUCGACUUCACGGUGCGCUCCAUGGACAUCGACGGCAAGAAAGUGAAGAUCCAGGUGUGGGACACAGCCGGUCAAGAACGUUUCCGGACAAUAACCCAGUCUUAUUACAGGAGUGCCCAUGGGGCCAUCCUUGCCUACGACCUUACCAGGAGGUCCACAUUUGAAUCUAUUCCUCAUUGGAUUCAUGAAAUUGAAAAGUAUGGUGCUGCAAACUUGGUCAUGAUGUUGAUUGGGAACAAAUCUGACUCAGUGGAUAAGCGCCAAGUGCUGUUUGAAGAUGCCUGCACACUGGCGGAGAAGUUUGGGCUCUUAGCUGUACUGGAGACAUCAGCAAAAGAAGCUCAAAACAUAGAAGAGGUGUUCAUCUUAAUGGCUAAAGAGCUCAUAGCCCGAAAUACCUUACAGCUUCAUGGAGAGAACCCUCCAAACAGCAUCUAUCUUGAUUCCAGGCCGGUGAUUGCCAGUCCAAGUGCGGAGAAGACCCAGUGCGUAUGUUGAAGGGAGAUUUCAGGAAGAACUUCGAAGUUGUCAUCCUUCUGAGGCUGUUUGAAUUCAUUUUAGUCAACUGAUGACCCUGUACUAUGUGGCCUCAAGCCAUCUCUCUUGAUAUCUCUACCUUGCAGUUUGGCUUGUAAGUAUCUGCAGAGAUUGUUGUUGGUAGCACAGGCUGCUUUCAACAUGGCAGCUGAUACUUUAACACAAACUUCCAAUCUGAGAAGACUCAGGAAGCUGCCAGCCCUUGCCUUAACCAAAGAGAACUGUAAACAUUGGUGCCUUAAAUUAUAUCCUUAAAUGAUUUUUUUUCUGGCUUUGUCAGAAGAUGAAUUUGCACCAGAGCUCUGCAUUGAUUUUGACCCUUCUAAGCUACGUUGUUUGUUCUAGUACAAGCACUUUACUCUUUGCCAGUAACUUUAGAUGUCUCACACAUGUUUGGAGAGCACUAACCCAUUAACGCUUGAGCUUUCACUGAGGGGCAGUCCUGAUGUCAGGCACGUAGCCACCCAUCCUAAGGAACUUGGUAACACUCGUGCAAGUGUGCACCACUUCACAUCUGUACCCACUUCCUCACCAGACAAACCUGGAGACACCCCUGGGGUUUCAGAGCUGGUAGAAUAUGAUACAGGACUUUUUCUAUUUUUUUUCUGCUUCCUCUCCCUCCAACCUUGUCUUGCUGAUUUUAAUCAAAAGCCUUCUGUAGUGGAUGUGAUGGGCCAAUGGCAGCUUGAGAGUAUACCUGUAGAUUUUCAAGGGAGCGUGAAGAAGACACUCAAACUCCUGUAAAAUUUGGCAAGGAAUAAGAUGGUUUAGUGUUAUCUUAGAGCAAGCAGUACAGGAAUGGUACAGGGCAAACCACAGAGCUAGCCCUAGGCAAGUAUAUACGCUACUGCUAUGGAGACUCAACAUUGUGGUAGCAAUAGAAGGCUUUGUAUUGUUCCUCCCAAGUGCACGGGGAGCUCAUUUCUAUGUACCAGAUCUGAAUGAAGGGUUGGUGCUGGGUUUUGGUUUUGUUGCUUUGUUUGGGUUUGGUUGCCUUGUUUGUUUUUUCCAUAGUAGAUGGAAACAGGGAAGGAGAGGGAGGAAAGAAACUUUUUUGACUGCACUCCACAUACACCAAAGUGCAUCACUCAGUUCCAGCUCAUAGCCUAACAGUAACUCAAACUCUGUAAUGAUAAAGUACAGUCUGGGUUACAUGUGAAGCAGCCCUGGGAAGGCUGGUAUGCUGCUAGCUGACCAGGUGGCAGUCUACCCAGGUUUCACAUGUUCUUGAAAAACAGGGAAAUACAUGCAGCAAAUAUUUCUGGAAAAUCUUGUCUGAGAAGCACAAAAAAAAAUAAAAGCAGAAUAAAUCAUUGGUAGUCUUGCAAAUAUUUCUACUAUUAUUUAAUGCUUCCUUGGGCUGGGUUCUGUGCUGUCACGUGCAAAGAGCAGGGGCUAACUCAGAGAGAGAAAAAUGAGAGAGAAAUCUUCACUGCUUGCCUCUAAGCCUUUUGCUAUAGCCUGGAGUGGAGAAAGCUGCUGCUUCUUCAGACACUCCUUUUCCAAUAUUUACUCUUUAAAUCUUAGCUUCAUCUUGAAUUGGUCCUAACCUAGUGGUGGCAUUUCAAUUUGCAACACCCUAACCUUUCAAAGCAGAGGAACAAGUAGCAAUCCAGCUUCCAUACAACUGGUUUCUAAACCUCUUGUCACUUGGGAGGCAGCCAAAUGCAAGUUUAAUGUCCUUGUCUAUUUAAAAUUCAAACUGCUCCUAGUUAGCAGUUUGUGUUUACUUUUUUUAGUAUCCACACUAACUGCUAGCAAGCUUUGUUCUAUUCAGAUAGACCACAAAUAGUUCUUUCAGCAAAUACUGAUCUUCCAGGAGACCUUUACAAGAAAGUAUUUUUAUCUCCAGUUACACUCUUUUGUUAGCCAAGAAUCAGAGGAAAGAUCUUAUCAACAGAGUGUUAACCUUUGUAUGGCCAACUGUGUUUACUGCCUUAAUGGGAGACUACUGUAUGAAGUUCUUUUGCUUAUCCUCAGUGUGGAGACUGCUGCAGGCUGCUGUUGCCCUAACUGCACUACCAGGGUACAGGGCUCUUGCUGUUCUCUUCCCACACAGAGCUGGUUGCCAAGCCAGUCUGUCCUUGGCAGAAAACUGUCCAACACAGGCUCAGGGAGAAGGGGCUGGGAAUGGUGCUUUGAGUGGCACUGCUCCCUUUCCUCUGACAGGUGCAUCGGGCUCCUUACUACUCUUUCAAGAAACUAGUCUUAAAUACUUAUCCAUUGCACAGCUAAGAGCAGGAGGACCUCCCUUGGUUGGUUCUUUUUGGCACCUUCCAUCAGCCCUUGCAGCUCCACUGAAUGGUUUCCAGAGGCUCAUUUUUUAAGCUGUCCUUAUGUGAAUGAAUAGCGAGUUGCAGCAGCUGCCAACACAAAGAUUCUUCACAUUGUCUAUCAGCAGGCAGUAUUAGUUGUGAGAUAACAUGGAAGAAAGCUAUAAACAACUUUUAACAAAUCCCUUUGUUGUUCUAGCCCGAGAUAGAAACUACUGGAUUGAAAACCAAAACUGUUGUUCCUGCAGUUGUGCCUUUCCCCACCAUACAGCAGAUGGAAGGAGGGGGCUCGGAUGAUGCAAGUAGCACUGACUGCUACAUAACACAUUUGUUCCUCCAGCAUCAUAUGCAAAGUCAAUGUGCUUCUUGACAGCAUCUUGAAUGCACUUAGAGAAAGUGCAGCUUAUUGUAAUGUUGUUUACAAUGCUGUUCUAAAAAACCACUUC